UUUUUACAAAACAUUUUAAGGACUUGCAAAUGCGUCUUUGUCUUCAAGACGCUUACAUGAAAACGUCAAACUCUACAAAUCACCAAAUCACCACGAAAAAGUUAAUUUUACCAUUAUUUACAGCUAUGGAUUGAGUAGAUCAAAUAAGGAUCAGUAUGCAGAGUUUUAGUAAAUCCUCGCCUCCAGCCUCACCAACAACAUCCACCCACUCUUCAUCCUUUAAUUCUGUUGAUGGAGCACACGAUAGCAGGAAUGAAGCCAGACUCACAGCUACAGCAAAAAGACAGAAAUAUCUCAAGAGACUGUGUAAAUUCAGACAGAUGGAUUUCGAGUAUGCCUUUUGGCAAAUGAUCUAUUUAUUCAUAUCUCCACAGAAAGUGUAUAGAAAUUUUCAGUAUAGAAAAUAUACAAAAGAUCAGUGGGCCAGAGAUGAUCCUGCUUUUCUUGUACUAGUUGGUUUAUGCAUUCUCAUAUCCUCCAUUGGAUUUAGUGUAGUGUUAAAGAUACAUUUUGUUGGAUUUUUAAAGCUUGUGUUAUGGACUGUGUUUGUUGACUAUAUUGGAGUUGGACUCCUGAUUGCAACAACAUUUUGGUUGAUUUCCAAUAAGUAUAUGAUAAUGGCUCCCCCCAGGGGACAGGACGUUGAAUGGGGCUAUGCGUUUGAUGUCCAUUUGAACGCCUUCUUCCCAUUAUUGAUGAUAUUACAUCUAUUCCAGCUAGUGUUUUUAGGACCAUUCAUUAAUGCAGGAUAUUUCCUGGGAUUAGUGUUUGGUAACACGUUAUGGCUGAUAGCAAUCAUGUAUUAUAUUUACAACACAUUUUUAGGAUAUAGUGCUUUGCCGUUUUUGAAGAAUACGAGAAUCAUAUUAUAUCCAGCAACAGUGGUUAUGUUUUUCUAUAUACUGUCUGUUAUUUUAAAGUGGAAUUUUAGUAAAAUGUUAUGUGACUUUUAUGAAUACAGAGUUUUCUGAUCAAAACAUUGUUAAACAGUCAGCUGUGAUGUAAUCGUGUGACACAGAAUUGUGGUAGCAUUCAAAAAUUAUUGUCAAUUGAUUGGGGGAUUAUGUUUUAUGUUGAUACUUCAUGUUAUAGUUUUGACAAAUCAUGUGGAAAUUUCUAUAAGAAAUUUAUGUAUAGUUCAAUUCUAAAAAUUGUAGUUCCUGCCCAUGAAAUCCACAAAAAUUUAAAACCCUAAAAUGAUAUUGAAUCCACACAAUAUACUAGUUUGUCGUAUAUAAACAUAAAUCUUGACUAAUUUGAACACUUUUACAAUGGUAAGUCUGUCUGAUAUAUUUAUAAAGAACUCCUUCAUAUUUUUUCUCAUGAAUACUGUUCUUGUCAUAAGGCAGAGAUGUACAAAAAUGUUUUAAUGAAAAAGGCAAUUUGCUGUCAUAUCAGAUAUAGCAUUCUUUGUACACAAUCUCAUCAGAUUAUCUGAAAGUAAAAAGUGAGACACAGUGGAGGAUCCAGGGGGAGGGAUUCUGGGGGUUGGAACCCCCCUUUUUUUUAGACAAUCAAUCCAUUUGAAUGGGGACAUAUAGCUGGAACCUCCCCCCCCCCUUUUGUCCUGGGUUUGGAACCGCCCCUUUUUUAAAUGGCUGGAUCUGCCCCAGAGAUGGCACUGGUAUUAUCUUGUGUUACUGUUUGACGUACAUUAUUGACUUGCAACAUGUAAGAGCUAUUCAAUCGGUCGAUACUCUGACCUCCAUUUUCUUAUAUUUUGAACUACAAAUCUAAGUAUGCUAUCAUGACAUGUCUUGCAACUUCUAGUUAUAUAUAGUUUCAAUUCAAAUUUUAAUUUACUUUAAAAAAAAAUGACCAUAUAACUCAUGUUUAAAUUGUUUGUUAAUCGAAUUUAUAUCAUCUUUUUUUUUGUGUAUUUUAGAGGGAUUGUAACGUUUACAUAGCAUUCUAUUUGAAAAUAAAUAAUAUAUUGAUACCUUGCUUGUAAACGAUUUUGUAAUAAAAUGUGCAAACACUU